AUGAACGGAGUUUGGAAAAACAGACUGGAUAAGAGUGGUGCCUUCCAACAACAGAACUCAAGUGUAGUUGAGGCAUCAUAUGAGGUUUCCAUUGAAAUAACAAAGAAGAAGAAGGCCCACACGAUUGGUGAAACUUUAAUUAAGCUGUGUGCUUUAAAGAUGGUCAAGCGGGUUCUUGGAGAGGCAAGGGAACGUAAGAUUCAGCCGAUUUCCUUGUCAGACGACAAGGUGAAACGGAGAAUUAGUGAAAUGUCAGAUGAUAUCAUGGAACAAGUGAUUCAGGAGAUUAAAUCGUCUCCAACUGAUAUGUUUGCUAUACAGUUGAAUGAGUCAACGGAUGUGAGUUCUUGUGCACAGCUACUAGUGUUUGUUAGGUAUGUAUUCUUGCGUGACAUCAAGGAUGAAUAUCAGUUCUGUACUCAGCUUGAAACUACCACAACAGCUUGA